GCGGUGACCACGCUCUUGGGACAGCUCCGCGCCCUCGGGCGGGACAGAUCCAAGUUAGGAACAGCUGUGGGCGCAGGGCCUUCAAGAUGAGGCUGGCACUAGCUCUGUGCCUCCUCUGGCAGGCGUUCUGGCCUCGACCUGGCCGGAGCGAGCACCCCACCGCAGACCGCGCGGGCUGCUCGGCCUCGGGGGCCUGCUACAGCCUGCACCACGCUACCAUCAAGAGGCUGGCGGCCGAGGAGGCCUGCAGUUUGCGCGGCGGGGCGCUCAGCACGGUGAGCGGGGGCGCAGAGCUCCGGGCGGUGCUUGCGCUCCUGCGGGCAGGCCCGGGGCCUGGAGGGGGCUCCAAAGACCUUCUGUUCUGGGUGGCGCUGGAACGCGGGCGAUCGCACUGCACUCUGGAGAAAGAGCCAUUGCGGGGUUUCUCCUGGCUCUCCCCCGACGUCAGCGUGUCCGAAAGCGAGACGCUGCAGUGGGUGGAGGAGCCUCAACGCUCCUGCACUUCUCGGAGUUGCGCAGGACUCCAGGCCACCCGGGGGGUUGAGCCCGCAGGCUGGAAGGAGAUGCGAUGCCACUCGCGCGCCAACGGCUACUUGUGCAAAUACCAGUUUGAGGGCUUGUGCCCGGCGCCGCGCCCCGGGGCCGCCUCUAACUUGAGCUACCGUGCGCCCUUCCAGCUGUACAGCGCGGCUCUGGACUUCAGUCCCCCAGGGACCAAGGUGAGUGCGCUCUGCCCUGGGCAGCUCUCCAUCACAGCCACCUGCAUCGUGGACGAGGUCGGCGCGCGCUGGGACGGGAUACCCUCCGGGGCUGUGCUCUGCCCCUGCCCCGGGAGGUACCUCCGUGCUGGCAAAUGCGCAGAGCACUCUAACUGUGUAGAUGACUUGGGAGGCUUUGCCUGCGAAUGCGCGGCGGGCUUCGUGCUGGGGGAAGACGGACACUCUUGUGUAAUCAGUGGGGAAGGACAGCCGGUCUCUGAGGGGACCGAGGUGCCCACGAGGCCAGCCACUGCAGCCAGCCCCGAUCAGAAGAGAACGUGGACACCCAGGGUACCUGAAAAGCCAAGGGAGGUACCACAUGUCCUUGGACAAGGCAGUUCAGCAACAUCUAUUGCCGAGAUUCCUCAGUGGGGAGCACAGAGCACGAUGUCCACUCUUCAGAUGUCCUCUCAAGCUAAUUCAAAGGCCGCCAUCACCUCUUCAGGAAGCGUGACUCCCAAGUUUAAUUCCACGUCUUCCCCUGCCAUUCCCCAGGCUUUCGGCUCCUCCUCCACCGUGGUCUUCAUACUUGUGAGCAUAGCGGUCAUAGUGUUGGUUAUCUUGACUAUGACAGUGCUGGGGCUUUUCAAACUCUGCUUCCACAAAAGCUCUUCUUCCCAGUCAAGAAAGGAGCCUUUGGCCCAGCCAGGCAUGGAGAGUGGUACCGAGGCCGCUGCAAUGCGCUCCAGUUCUGUACAUUGCACAGACAAUGGGGUGAAGGUAGGGGACUGUGGUCUGCGGGACAGAGCGGAGGGCGCCUCACUGACAGGGUCCUCUCUUGGGUCAGGUGACACAUAGGGAAAAGGCACUCCCUCUGAGCAGAGUUUUUCACUGUCAGUGAAAGGGGAAAGAAAAUGAACUUAUUUAGGGACUGACUAUUCCUAUAGAAAAUUCUCUUCCCCCAAAUUCCCUCUACUCUACUGAGGAGAUAAAUCUGAACUGGACGCUGGAUCCCUGAAGAAGAAAGAGGUGAUUGAAAUGGAAGUGCCUUAUGGUGGUAGUGGGGGCUGGGAUCCUACUGUGGAGAGAUUUUCCCUUGUGUUUAUUCUGGGGGAUUUGGAGAAGGGCUUGAAUUUGUUAAGACAUUGGAAGCAAAUAGAAAACAACACAAUUAAAAAAAAUUUUUUAAACCAAAAUGGAAAGGAAACUUACUGUCUGCAUUGUUCAGCCUGGACGUAUAAUGGUUUGAAAUUCCCAGGCAAAAAAUAAAGGAUUGUUGAUAACCCACACUCAAAUAUCAUUGGUUUCCUGGAGGAGUAAUUAUUUAGGAAAAACAGCAUAGGGGCAUGCUGGGAAUAGCAAUAAGAGCAUCUUGCUUUCCGAUUGAAGGGGAAAUCUUCAAGUCCUUUUAAUGAGGAGUAGAUCUUUAACAACUAGCAACUUUUUUUCUUGGUUCUUUUAUACUUUGCUUUCAAAGUCACUCUACUUAUGUGCUCUGCUAUAAAUCCAAACUGUAGUGGUGCCAGAGUAGCUGGCUCUAGAAGCAAAUUAUAGUUGACCACCAAUUCAAGUGUUUACUGUGUGUCCUUGCUCAAGGAAACAAAUGAUUUGUGUUUUCCGUUUCCAACGUUUGUGCUGUCCAGUGUAAUGACCUUCCCAACCAAGUAGCCCUCUCCUAAACAUUAGGAUGCUGAUCCUCACUUCCAAUUAUGGUGAUGUUAAUUUUCAAUUAAAACGUUAAUGCUAAGUAUUGA